AUGGCGCAGCAACUAGUGCAGCUUAAUCCCGGUGAUCAGGUUGACCGUUGGCAUAUCGAUAAGAAACUCGGUGAGGGUGGCUUCGGAGCCGUUUACUUGGUGUCAGAUCCAACCGGAAAAUAUGCAUUAAAAGUUGAAGGUGUCAAUGAACAGAUUCAGGUACUCAAAAUGGAAGUAUAUGUACUUACUGAGUUGAAUAAACGUAACAAUCGACAUUUUUGCAAAAUUGAAGAUAAAGGACGUUUUGGGUCAUUUAAUUAUGUCGUUAUGACUUUGGUCGGCAAAAGUUUACAGGACCUUCGAAAAGCAGGUCCAGGGCAACAUCUCUCAAUGGGUACAGCACUUGGUGCAGGAAUUCAAGCGCUUGAAGCACUGGAAGAUCUUCAUGCAAUUGGUUAUCUUCACAGAGACGUAAAACCUGGAAACUAUACAAUUGGUCGCCCAGAAUUGAAUGAAUUACGCAAAAUUUAUGUACUCGAUUUCGGGAUGUGUCGAAAAUUCACGAAUGCUCAGAAUGUUAUCCGUAAGCCAAGAGCGGCAGCCGGUUUCCGUGGUACGGUACGUUAUGCGCCUAUAUCAUGCCAUCUUCAACGUGAGUUAUGUCGUAAGGAUGAUGUUGAAACAUGGAUUUACAUGCAAGUGGAACUUACCACCGGAAAUUUGCCGUGGAAAAAUGUCGCUGAUAUGAAUCAAGUUGGCGAAUACAAGAAGCGAUGUCGCUUUGAGCCAGCAAUAAAUGAAUUAUUGGGUGGUUGCGCUCCAGAACUCAGACAAAUUUUGCAAAUUGUUGAUGCACUUAAAUACUAUGAUCAACCACCAUAUCAACAAAUUUAUCAACUGAUGCGUCAGUCCUUUAUAACUAUGGGAUGCCAGGAAUUCCCAUACGAUUGGGAGAAACCCGGUGGCGGUGUAUUUUGA